AUGGAUUGGAUCACAAACAUCUCUUCAAGUGUGUACCAAACAGAGGAUGAAGUGGAGCCACUGAUUAGAAGAUACCUAAACAGCACUGAGGACUACCUUACCUUUUUAUAUGGACCCAGACGGAGCCAUUUGUUCCUGCCUAUGACUUGGGUAUAUGGCUUGAUUUUCAUCGUUGGUGUGUCCGGCAACCUUUUAGUGUGCCUGGUGAUUCUCAGGCACCGCAACAUGAAAACGCCCACUAACUACUAUCUCUUCAGCCUUGCCAUUUCCGACCUGCUGGUCCUGCUCUGCGGGAUGCCCUUGGAAGUCUACGAAAUGUGGAGCAACUACCCCUUCUUGUUUGGAUUGGCUGGGUGCUAUUUCAAGACGGCUCUCUUUGAGACGGUGUGCUUCGCCUCCAUCCUGAACAUCACCACAGUCAGCAUAGAGCGGUACGUGGCCAUCAUGCACCCCUUCCGAGCCAAGCUGAAGAGCACCAGGCGGCGCGCGUUGAGGAUCAUCAUUGUCCUGUGGCUCUUGUCUGUCCUCUUCUCUCUUCCCAACACCAGCACCCAUGGCAUCAUACUGCAGUAUUUCCCAAAUCACACAGAAGUCCCUGGCUCAGCAACAUGUGCUGUGGUUCAGCCCUUGUGGAUCUACAACUGUAUCAUCCAGUUAAGCGCCUUCCUCUUUUACGUGCUGCCAAUGAGUGUCAUCAGUGUGCUCUACUGCCUGAUGGGGAUGAAACUGAGAGGAGACUGUUCUUUGGAAGUAGAUGAAAUGGGAAUUAAUGUUAAAAGACCAUCCAGGAAGUCUGUCACUAAGAUGUUAUUUGUCCUAGUAAUCGUUUUUGGCAUAUGCUGGGCUCCGUUCCACACAGACCGACUCUUCUACAGCUUUGUCAUAAACUGGACAGAACCUCUUGCCAAUACAUUCAACUUAAUCCAUGUGGUGUCAGGCAUUUUCUUCUACUUGAGUUCUGCUGUUAACCCUAUCAUCUACAACUUGCUGUCCAGACGUUUUAGGACGGCUUUCCUGAGUGUCAUCUUUCCUCAGUGCAAACACUGGCACCCCAGACACACCACCAGUCGCCUGCCAUCCCAGCGGAGCAUCUUCAUGCUUGGGGAACGCAAUGUUGCAGGGUCUGCGGAAGAAAGAAGCCAUCAGUAUCCGCAGAGGUCGUCUGUCUGCAGCUCUCACCUGUCUGGCGGUCUGUGA